AUGGUUCAAACAUUAUUCCACGAUAAUAUCGCUGUUCACUGUACUGACACAAACGGCCAAACAACUAGUAAAAGUUGUAUAAUUUUGAAUUUGAAAAUAGACGAACGACAGAACAGAGCAGAAAAGGAAUUUAUAUUUUGCAUAUCGCGAGAUGAUGAUCCUUUGUUCAUAUAUAUACUAUCACUUCGGCGAUCUGAAUAUGAAUCACUGAAACGCGAGCAAGAAUUAGAUGUCGAAUUCGAUGCAUUUCCUAAGAAAAUAGUCGAUUUUGUUACUUACUUAGAUAGUGGCUGUGGAUCUCAUCUUCGGGGAGGCCUUUACGAUGAUAAUACUUUAUUCAAAUUUGACCUCGUCGGAAAAAUGGGGUUCAAAUGGGUUACAGUUCUUUCUUUACCUCUUCGAAGAGUAACUGAUAAAGCUUUAAUAACGCAUCUUGUUGAAAGAAUCAUGAAAUAUAAAGAGUAUUUAAAGGAGCUGGAUAUUUUACGUGAUUCAUUAUCAUCGGAACAAGCGGAAAACAAAAGUUUGCGAAAUUCAUUAACUGCAAAAGAAAAGAUGCAUUCAGAUUGCUUGCAGAAAUGGGAAGAAGAACGAAAUGAAAUUAUUGAAAGCAAACAUAAACUUGAAGAAUUGAACGAGGAACUUCAUGCGGAUAGGCAGAUGCUUACACAGGAAGUGAGCACUUUAAAGGAAGAAGUGGUCGAUUUUCGUGAUCGAAUCGAUGAUCUGAUUGAACAAGUUAAUCAGCUGGAGGAUAGAGUACAUGUACUAACGGAGGAACUCGACACUUCUGAGAACCAGCUGCGUGAUUUAGAACAAAAGAAAGAAGAGUUGCUACAGGAACUGAACGACAGAGAUGAAGAAAAGCAGAGCCGUAUAUUGCAGAUACGUGAUCUGAAAGAUACAGUAGAUGAUGCUAGCAAAGAGAAUAAGGAAUUACGUCAAAAAUUACAGUUUGUUAACGAAGAGGUAGAUCGUUGGAAAAGUGAGCAUGAUAAAGCUGUAGCGAUUAUUAAAAAAUUAUAUAGUGGAAAAACUCGUCGUAUUGCUGUUGGCGAUGGUACGGUGAUGAACGAAAAAGUUAAUAAUAUGGAAAAAGAUUUGGAAGAACGUAAAAGGACCAUUGAUGCUCUAACUGAUUCAAAUAUACAACUGAGGACAAAGCUAGAAAAUUUGUCAACGGAAUGUGAGCAGGCUAAGAAAGAUGCGGAAAUGUGGAGAGUUAAAUGUGAGAAAAAAGAAACUUUAAUCAAUGAUCUUAUUCAAUGCCGACGAUCACCCAUUAUUAAUCCACCACAGCAGCAAUCAAAUUUAACUUACGGAAGUACCACACCGACUGUCUAUCCACGUGUCUUAGGAGUGGCAAAUUGGACUGCUCAAAUAACUACGCCUUUACGAAAUACGGGAUCUAUGACAAAAAUUCCAGAUCAUCAGAAAGAAAAUGAGCUAAAUUCAUUGGCUAUAACACCACCAACUGAAGUACAGAUCUUAACAGGAUGCGCAAGAGCUAAAACUUAGAUAUUAAUCUCAAGUUUGUGACUAACUGCAUUGAUCAUAUAUGCGCCCAAUUUAU